UUUUAAUAUUUAAUUUAAAAUUAGUGUGAUUUAUUUGGACAAUCAAUGCGAAGUACAUAUAAUUGUGCCGCCUAGUAAUAAGCCUUGUACACGCCUCAUUCGAAAUGUCAUAUGUUAUUUUACUUAUUCAAAUAUCAGAAAAAACAAAAUCUAUCAGGCUCAUCAAGGAUAAUGGCAUGUCAAAGUCAACCGAUAACGAUAAAAAAGAUGAUAUAGAGAAAGAAGUUGAUUACGAAAGUGAAUGGCGUAACAUUUGUGAAAAAGCAAAUAAAUGGGUAGUCAGUAAACAACUUAGUAAAGAAGAGUUGGAAGAAUUAGACUCUGCCUGCGACCAGUAUCUGAUUGAAAAAGCUGUGGAGGCUUAUAAUAAUCAAACCAUAAAUGUUCAAGUUACUAAGCUUGAUGUAGAUGAAACAACAAAAAUUACCAUAUAUAAUGGACUUAGAUCUGAUGCUAAAAUUUCUUCACCCGAAGAAGCUGUCGAAACUCUUAAAUCUUAUGUUGGUAGUCUACGUUUGAGGCGUCUUGAUAAGAAAUUAUAUUCAGCCUGUGAACAAUAUUUGAUUCAACAAGGUUGCGAAUUUCUCAAUAGCAAAAAUACUACCAUCGUCACAGAAGUUUUAAAUAAACCUUCUCAAUCUGUUAUUUAUGGAUCUGAUGGUCCAGGAGCAGCUGCCAGGGCAAAAUGUAAAGUUGAACUUGAAAGAGCCCAAAAUAAGACCUUAGAAUAUGUAUCUAAAGCUACUGAUUUGGCACUCAAGUAUACCGAAGACGAAGUUAAUAGAUUAUUUGAUAAUAAUGUUACUCAUGGAAAUAAAGAUGAUGUCUUAAAUCGAGCUAAAAGGGCCACUAAAUUUUUGAUGGACAAUCAGGUGGAUAUUGUUUAUAAUAAUGACAGAGAUGAUACAUUUAAUGAAGAAGAAGAUUCUAGAUAUAUGACACAAACUUACAAUUUUUCUUUGGAUGGCUUAUCGUUCAAGAUCAUUGGAUAUCUCAUAAUUGUUUUAACUGUUAACGAAUUUAUAUCAUUAGAUUUACAAAAAAGGAUUGAUAAAUCACAAUUUGCAUACACUUCUAACUACCACCAAAAAGUUUUCGAUAAAUUAUCAAUAGCGAUAUUUGGUGUAUUAGCAUUAGAAAUAUUAGGAUGAAUUAAAAAAGGAUAUUUACCCUGUCUUCGAAAAAACUGAGGAUCAGUAUUAUAUUGAGACUGUUGCACAAGAUGUGUGCAUAUAAAGAAACAGCUUAAUAAAAAAGAUGGACAAUUGCGUGUAUAUGGUAGUAAGUUUUAUUAUAAUUGAAU